AUGGAUGCCAAGAACACCAAAGCUGAUGCAGCCAAGAAUUCCGGUACGAGCGGUGGUUCCGGUGGUGUUUCCGAUGUUGGUAAAACAAUGGUUGCACCUGGCUCCGGCGGUGAUCAACCCAUUUCGAGGGAUGCUUUUGAGAGCAACCCAAAGAAGUUCUUUGAUGAUCUUCACGCCAAAGAUAAGAAGUGA